AAAACUUACUACCGAGUCAGUAUAGAACACACGCCGUAUAUUAACCCGAUAGUAGCAAUAAGUUUAAGAUGAAAACGAUUGAGAUUGAUAACCUCAACACAAGCGGUUUAUUGGUUUAAUCAAUAUAAUUAAUCCCCCUUAGGUUAUUAACCACGAGACGCAUGCAUUAACAACCCAAGUUUACUACCGUGAAAGGACCGAAUUAAUAACAAGAGUAUUAAUCGAUCGAUUCUAGUAAUAAUUAAUAUAUGAAACAAAACUAGAUGAUCCUUUAAGUAAUGCUCAAAAUAUUACUAUGAAAUAGGAAUAGGAAUUAAUUAAUAUUCAAGGAAGGAGAUUAAAGAAAAUAACUCACAACUUACAAUUCAUUAUGCUUCAAAGUAGCAGAACCAAGAUAAAAGAGUUUAGCUCCUCAUUGGAGACUAAACAUACUAGAAAAUAUAAAGGAAAUAUUUGUCUAAACUGAGUUUAGAGAUAUAUGUGAAGUGAAUUUAAUGGGAAGGAAAUGAGGUGUAUUUAUAUGUGUUUGGGGCAUUCAGGGGUGUGUACCCGAUUGGGCUUUUAGGGCACCCGAUCGGGUACCUUCAGUAGCUUCCCAGAAGCUGGAAAAGUGGGGCAUACCCGACCGGGUAUGUCGGUUACCCGAUCGGGUAUUACACUCUAACGUGGUCAAAUAUCUCCCUGCACGAUGCCUUGUUCCUGGAUUUGAUCUGAUUUGAUUUUUCAGCAACGUACCCGAUCGGGUAUAGGUCAUACCCGACCGGGUGCAACACAAAAAUCGGGAUUCUUCUUUUUGUCUUGUAACUUUUCCAGCCGCGCCACGCUUAAGGAAAAUGGGAGAUUAGCACAUCGUUUUCAGCCGCGGAGUUGGAGAAGGGCAGAUUCUUCUAUUCUUUCUUAGGGGCAGCAGCAGUUUUGUUUUCAUAGAGCAGCAGUAGGUUCAAUCAAAAGCAAGACAAAUUCCCUUUUCUUUCUUUUGGAAUACCAGCAAUACUAGGCAGCAAGAAUUGGGAAAGAAUUCCCAAGAAGAAGAAGAUAAAUAAAUAAAUAAAUAAAAGGGGGCUGAUUGAGAGAGCAAAAACGCAGGAGUCCAAGCUGCAGCAAAUUCUGGAGAGCAAGCCUCAGGUGGAAAAAAAAAGGGUUGGAGUUUAGCAGAUAGCAGUAGCCGCAGGUUAGAAAAAAGAAGAAGGCAGCAGCUCCAAUUUCAUUCAAGUUUAAUCCCGAGGUUUCGUUUUUUGUUUCUUUCACUAGGAUAGCUUAGUUUUUUAUCCUUAAUUUACAUUAGACAUUGCUAAUUGCUCUAGAAUUUCAUCUCAAUUGAUAUUGGUAUGCUAGUUUUUUUUUAUAUAAUUAUGUUUGUGGAUUCUGAAUGCAUUCAAUCAAUUGUGCUAGUUUUUAAUAGGUAGACAUCAUAACAUAUUAUAUGGGUAGACAUCAUAACAUUUUAGUAUCUUGAAAAAGGAAAAUGUUUCAAUGCAAUGAAUGGGUAGACAUCGUAACAUAUUAUAUGUAUGGAGGGCCGGCCUGACAUGAAGUUUUCUCUAUAUGUAUGUAUGUAUAUAUAUAUAUAUAUAUAUUCAAAAAAAAUCUAUUUUUAAUAUUUAUAAAUAGACCCCUAUAACUUUUAAUAUUUGUAAAUACACCCCCAUAACUUUUAAUAUUUACAAAUAUGGCCCCGUAUCUGUAUCCUACUUUUUUUUGUUUUGACGUAUCCCCGUACCCGUUUCCGCGUUUCCGUCUACCGGUAUGGGUGCUUGAUUGGAUACAAGUAUAUGCCACUGGCCCGUACAAAGGCCCAUUUUUGUUGACCGCUCCCUUUCAUCUAGGUGAUCAACAUAUAUCCUCACGAUCGCCCAGUCAUCUUCUGUAGCCAGUCGGCCAUUUUCGCCGUCAACGGCGUAUUCCUCUGCCACGUGCACCUCCCGCGGCACCUUGUCUGCUGUACCUGCACACCGGAAAAGAAACUCUGAUUACCAUCUUUCAGAGUCACUACUCAGCUAGAUUGAUAUAAGAAGCUGCACAACAAAAACAGAUUGGUAAAGGAAUGUGUUUCAAGUAAAUGAACUCAUUUUUUCCAUCAAUCAAUGAUUGCCAUGAAACUACUUGCAUCUUUCACAUGCUCCAGCAGGGCACUUCGUGUUAGAAUAAAAGGACAUUUGCAAUCACGUUCAUUCCAACCUGAUUUUGCCCCAAGAGAUCCCAAUGUGAAACCUAUAAAAUACAAAUACCCUACAGUAUAUGAUCCAUACGGGCCUAGACCCCCACCGUCUGAUAAGAUUAUGCAACUUGUAGAACGCAUUGCAUCCCUAACACCUGAUGAGCGCAAACAAAUUGGGCCCAUGCUCAGAGAGAGACUGAAGCUUCCCGUGCUGAAAGCCAUUUCAUCAGAAGAAGGCAUUAGUGGUGGGGCUGGAGUGGGACAAGGCGGGCCUGCGAAGGCGGAAGAGAAGAAGGUGGAGAAGACGGCAUUUGAUGUUAAGCUAGAGAAGUUUGAUGCGGCUGCAAAAAUCAAGGUGAUCAAAGAGGUGCGUUCAUUCACCAGUUUGGGGUUGAAGGAAGCUAAGGAGCUGGUGGAAAAGGUGCCUGCCGUACUAAAGCAAGGAGUCACCAAAGAGGAGGCAAAUGACAUAAUCGAAAAGAUCAAAGCUGCCGGAGGAAUUGCAGUUAUGGAAUGAAUAGUAAUAGCAAGUAGUCCAUCCUGAUACCGCUUUACUCAUAUGCCAGGUCAUCAUUAUGUAUUCCGGACAGAAUGAGCUUUUCCUUUCAUGAAAUUCUACUGCCUUCUGCAAUUUCCAGAGAAUUAAAGAACAGUAUUCAGGGGCGAAGGCCAGGUCACUGGCAUGCCCCCUACCUCAGGGAGAUGAUUCUUAUUUAGGUUGUUCUUGGGGGUAUUGAUUAAAAGAGAAUCAGACAAUUACCACAGAAUAAGCUGGUUUCGAAAUUAAAACCUGUUGUGGAACCUUUUUAUUUCUUAUGUAAUGAAUAAUUUACGGGUGAAUUAUCUAAAUAGGAGUAAAUGGUAGCUAAAAAUCACAAAUUUGAC